AUGAAAUUGCCGAAGAGUGACAUCCCCGAAACGGCACCUAUAACAGCCGCAACAUUUGGCGGUAGUGAUGAAAGCGAUAAAAACGAAGACAAAAUGACACGAAUUCAGAGUGAAUCGACGCUGAUCAAUACAACUGUCAUGGAGCAGAUAUGCUAUUUGGGAUGUGCCAAAAUCAACAGUCCAAGUAGUGAAUCUGAAAUGGUGAAGAUUAUGCAGUUGUUGAAUAAGGAACGUGCGCAGAAUCCGAUUGAUGUGGUCCUAUCGAUUCCAGAUUCAGCUUUGGGAAUCGUUAGAAUGUUCGACGGGAGUACCAAAACAGAAAUGGUCAACUUUCCGGUGCAUCGAAUUCGUUUCUGUGCGCGCGGUCAAUUGGAAUCAGCCGAAAAAGAAUGCUUCGCGUUGUCGUUCACCCAACAAAACGCUACUGCUACCGAUCCAGCGCUUCAUUACUGUCACGUAUUCAGAUGUCAACUUCCCGAAGCUGCUGGUAAAGCACUGUUGUGUUUCGCGAAUGCAUUCCGUAAUAACGAUAUUUCAAACAAGCAAUCACAAUCGACAACACCAAAAAUACGACGGCAUUCGUCGUCGAAUCGAACAAGUAACGAUGAUGCGUCAAGUCUAGAAGGUAUUUUCACAUCGGCCACUGAAGAGGACUAUCAAUUUGAUGCAUUUCUGGAAAUGAAGGAAGAAGAUCAAAAGAAAGGAUUUACGAUGUGUCCACAAGAAAAGAAAUGUUUCAAGCUGAGGCGUGAUCGUGAGAAACGUGUUUUGGUCGUAUUACAGCAAACAGCUGGACCCAACAUUCUGGCUGUGAAAAAAUGUUUUGGUAUGUUGUUGGCGGCAGGAAGGAAUCUACGUCAAAGCGAUAUGCAUUUGCUCGAUAUGCAAUCGAUGGGUCGUGGUAAUGACAGUCGAACGUACAUUAUCGAAGCGAUCUGGGAUCCGCAUGCACAAAAUUUCGAAGUGCUUAACACAGAGACACCAAGAGAAACACGAGUGUUUAUGACGGUUGCGGUCGAUGUGAUUUUGACGGGGAUCAACGAACCGGUUCGUUUCAAUAUCGAGUGCAAGGCACGUAUCUUCCAUGAGCAUGAAAGGUUCUGGUAUGUCACAAGGCGACCAAUCGUCGAGAAGUACUUCCUCACUGUUAAGGUGUGUUUUUGUAUUUUGCGUUUUGUUCAGCCAUUCCUGUUUUUGUUUUUGUUUCGAUGUCAGUCCUUUGUGGUGAUGGCAUGUGAAGAAGAUGAACCAACCUCCCAACUUGAAUCGAAUGGUGCUAGACCAAACGGAUUACAAUUUGUUGAAGUGCUCUCGCUGAAAGUGAACAGAUCGUCUGGAUUUUUACGCGUUGCAUCUGGAUUUCUAAUUUAUUGGACACAAGUGUUGAGGAUUUUUUCGAUAACAUUCGAAUGUAUUGACAAAUCAAUAUUUGAGGUGGUUCGUUUCGAGUCAGUGACAGAACGGGAACGCAUCAAUACGCGACUUUCAUUAGGUCGAUCUCCCACAAAAAUGCCAACUCAGUUGAUACAACCAGCUGAUGAGGAUGAAUCUGACAGUGAUGAACCGUUAUUGUCUGGAUCGGGUGAUGUGAACCGCGAAUGUUCAGAGGACGUUUUGAGUGCUUGGUCGAAGGUUAUGGAGGAAUGGAAGAAUGAUCCUGAGGGCUCUCGUCCUGAGGGCUUAGCUGAUUUGAUGCGUAAUGGAGUACCGGAUAUUUUACGCGGAGAAGUAUGGCAGUACUUAGCAAAAGUGCAAAUCGAUCCUGAUUUAACGCAGACGUAUCGUUUGCUUCUUGGAAAAGAAUGUCCAUCGGAGCAAGUGAUUCUGCGUGAUAUUCACCGCACGUUCCCAGCCCACGAAUACUUCAAAGAGGCGGGUGGCGAUGGGCAAGAAUCUUUAUUCCGUAUCAGUAAAGCUUAUUCACUGUAUGAUGAAGAAGUGAGCUAUUGUCAAGGAUUGUCCUUUCUUGCUGCUGCCCUUCUUCUUCAUAUGCCUGAAGAACAAGCGUUUUGUACAUUGGUGAAAAUAAUGUUUGAUUACGGGUUACGUGAUCUGUUUAAAUUAGGAUUUGAUGUACUUCACCUCAGAUUUUAUCAACUUCAGCGGUUAACUGAGGAUUAUAUACCCGAUCUGUUUGCUCAUUUCUAUGAUCUCGGUGUUGAGACGCACAUGUAUGCGUCUCAAUGGUUUCUCACUUUGUUCACUGCCAAAUUCCCUCUGCAGAUGGUCUACUUUAUUGUCGAUCUUUUUUUGAGUGAACGUGAGAAUUUGCGAUUGAAAGAAACAAUACUGCGAUUGGAGCGUGAAAAUGACGACUUGGCGCAUGAACUGGUGACGAGCAAAAUUGAGUUGAGAAAAAACUUGGACACUGCUGAGGAUAGCGUCGAGAGUUUGACAGGCCAAUUGGAGCGAUGCACUCGAGCGGCGAAAGAUCUUGAAGAUGAAAAUCGCAAUCUUCAUGGAGAAUAUGAACAAGUGAAAGAGAUGUGUCGAAGAGAAGUGCAACGAUUGGAAUGUGAAGCAAGUCGUUCGGAAGGAAUUAUUUCCAAUUAUAAGCAGAUAUGUUCUGAUCUUAGUCGUCGUUUGGAAACGCAACAACAGACAUUCAAAGAACAGAAGAAGCAACUUGCGACAAAGAUCUCCGAGUGUGAAAAAUGUGCAUUGAUUCUGUCUGAGUUCGAUGAUUUCAGUGCGAGUCCUGCGAAAAAAUUAUCUCCAACAGAAGAAAAUGGAUGUGGAUUGAGAGCAAUUGAAUUGAUUGAUAAACUUGAAGAGCGUGAACAGCACAUCAAACAAAUCGAAUUGGAACUGGCACAGACAAAACUCGCGCUUGUUGAAGCACAGUGCCGUAAUCAGGACCUGAGUCAUCAGAUGAAUUCAACAACAGCCAACAGCGAUACAGAAAAUAAACAUGCGGCUUGGUUCAAGAAGACAAUCUCGUCAAUCAAAGAAGUGGGCACCUCACUAAAGCAAACUCAUGAACGGAAUUCCAGUGUAUCGAGUUCUGAACGAUUCUGA